UAUGUGUGUGUGUGUGUGUGUGUGUGUGUGUUUGAGGUUCAGUAAGUGAACUUUGCUUGGGGUUCAGGUUCACACACACUGACAGCUCUUUUAGAGAGCAGCAGGUGAUUUAACCCCCAUACCUGAUCAUUCCCAGUCCUCCAGACUCCCCUGCACAGGAAAGAAAGACCAAGAGCUACCUCUGUUGCACAGCCUCAGAAACGACAAGUUAACAGCAGCCCAGGAGAUGACUGAAGAGGUGAGCGUUGUGGUCGUGGGCUCCUGUAUGACCGAUCUGGUCAGCCAGGCGCCCCGACUGCCCAAAGCUGGAGAGACGAUACACGGCCACAAGUUCUUCAUCGGAUUCGGCGGGAAAGGAGCGAACCAGUGUGUUCAAGCCGCUCGACUGGGAGCCAAGACCGCCAUGGUUGGCAAGGUUGGAAAAGAUUUUUUUGGGAACAACUAUAUUCAGAAUUUCAAAGACAAUGGAGUAUACACAGCUUUUGUGGAGCAGACAUCUGAAGCCGCGACCGGAGCUGCUUCCAUCAUCGUAAACGACGCAGGUGAGAAUGCCAUAGUCAUCGUAGCGGGAGCCAACCUGCUGCUGGGAGAUGAGGAGCUGCAGCGGGCGCAGGCUACCCUGGAGACGGCUAAGGUGCUGGUCUGCCAGCUGGAGAUCAGCCCACAUGCCUCCCUACAGGCCCUGUGGAUGGCCCAGAAGAGCAACGUGAAAACCAUAUUUAACCCUGCCCCUGCCAUUCCUGACCUCCAUGCUGACUUCUACAAAGCAUCGGACAUCUUCUGCUGCAACGAAUCAGAGGCUGAGCUGCUGACUGGGUGUCCUGUAGCUACAGUGGAGGAUGCAGGACGUGUAGGCCUGGAGCUGCUGAACAGAGGCUGUGUUUCAGUCAUCGUUACCCUGGGCCCUCAGGGAUGCGUGGUGCUUCAGUCCACUGACCCAACGCCCAAACACAUCCCCACAACCAAGGUCACCAGCGUGGACACUACGGGGGCUGGCGACAGCUUCAUUGGUGCGCUGGCUUUCUACAUCUCACACUAUCCCACAAUGCCCCUGGAGGAGAUGGCCAGGAGAGCGAACCUCAUCGCCGCAGUAUCUGUGCAGACAACUGGCACUCAAACGUCUUAUCCAUUCAAGAAGGACCUGCCAGCAGAACUGUUUUAGGAUAAUGUAUUGUUUUACUACUCUACUAACACACCUCUAUCUCUAGCUCUGUUUAAUGAGUCAUGCCAGUCACUCUUUUCUUUUGAACAAUAAAAAAACCUCAUUGUU